AUAAAAGUGCUGAGAGGCAGAGCAUCUUCAUUCCCACACCUUCUGAGGUACCCAAAGAUCUUGUGCUGCCUGUCAUCUUGCCCCAGAGCAUUCACCAGCAGAGAUGUCCUGCCAGCAGAACCAGCAGCAGUGCCAGCCCCCUCCCAAGUGUCCUCCCAAGUGCCAGACUCCAAAAUGCCCCCCAAAGUGCCCCCCUAAAUGUCCUCCCAAGUGCCCACCUGUGUCUUCCUGCUGUAGCCUGGGUUCUGGGGGCUGCUGUGGCUCCAGUUCUGGAGGCUGUUGUGGCUCCAGCUCUGGUGGCUGCUGCAGCUCUGGGGGUGGAGGCUGCUGCCUGAGCCACCACAGACCCCGCAGAUCUCUCCGUCGCCAUCGCCACAGCUCUGGAUGCUGUAGCAGUGGUGGCAGCAGUGGCUGUUGUGGCAGCAGUGGUGGCAGCAGUGGCUGCUGUGGCAGCAGUGGUGGCAGCAGUGGCUGCUGUGGCAGCAGUGGUGGUAGCAGUGGCUGCUGUGGAAGUAGCCAGCAGUCUGGAGACUGCUGCUGACCUGAGCAACCCAUUCAGGAGGAAAUCAUUUUCAGUGAACCUUCCCUGGCCUGUUCUUCUCUCCUGCUGCCUUCUGUGUCCUGGGCUUUAAGAUGCUGUGAUCUUGUGAGAUGUUUUGAAUGUCCCCCUUUGAAGGACCUGUCUUUCUUGGGGACAAAAUAAUAAAGUGCUUCCCUACCCAUA